ACUUAUUUAAACCUUUAGGAGACAAUAUUUUACUCAUCAGCUUUGUUCCUUUAUUUGGACUGAGGAAUUGGAAUACAUAAGACAGGUGUGGUCCCUUGUUACGUACGUAUCCUAUAUUCCCCAUUGUCUCAUAUGUACAGUGCUUCUAUAGCAGAAAUGAUUAACAGAUUAAUUUUUUCACAGUGUUAAAGGUGAGAAGUCAUUCAGGAUGCUAGGCUAGGUCAAGACUUUCUGGAUUGCUUUUCCAUAAGAUUCUUAUCUCCAUCAUCUGUUCCUUGUUGCUUCUGUGCUCUUCAUGCGGAAUUACAGUGUCUCAAAACCUUAAUGAAGGAGAAUGUUUGUCCAGUGAUCAUAUAGUGGUGCAACUUAUGAACAAUAACAACUGGCCCUCCAUGUUAGAAGAAAUCUUCAAACCACCUGGAAGUGAAGAUCAGCGUAAAAGCCAGGAUAGACUUUUGAGAAUGCAUACAGUAGAGAGCCUCCAGGAGAGUAAUGGUACUCAGUGUGGAAAAGUCUUCAGCCAGACCUCAACUCUUACUGUGCUAAAAAAUCCUCCAGAAGUAAAUCCUUUUGAAUACAGUGAGAAUGGAAAAGCCUCCCCAGAACAUUCAUCAUGUAAGAAUCAUACUAGAUCUUACACUGGAUACAGUACUCAUCAGGAAUGUGGAGAAACCUGCAGUGGUCCCUCUUACCUAAGCAUUCCGAUGAGAACUCUUAGUGAAGAAAAACCUUAUAAUUGUAAGGUAUGUGGAAAAGACUGCAUUUGUCUCUCAACCCUUCAGGAUCCUAUGACAACAAUUACUGGAGGGAAACACAAUGAAAAUAACAAGUAUGAAAAGGAUUUCUGUAGUCACUCACCCUGUAAGACAUGUGUUAGAGGUCAAAAGCAUGAAUGUAAAGAAUGUUGUAAAACGUAUAGUCCUUCAUUUCUUAUUUUAUCUGAAAAAGAUCAUAAUAGCUACAACCCUCAAGAAUGUAAAGAAUGUGGGAAAGUCUCACAAAUCACUACACACAUAAGAGAGAGGACUUAUGAUUGUCAGCAAUGUGGAAAAUCCUUUAGUUGUUCCUCACACCUCACUCCACAUAUAAGAACUCACAGUAUUAAUAGGCCUUAUCAAUGUAAGGAAUGUGGAAAAGCCUUUAGUCGUUCCUCAUACCUCACUGCUCACAUAAGAACUCACAGUGGAGAAAAACCUUAUACAUGUAAGGAAUGUGGAAAAGCCUUUAGUCGUUCCUCAUACCUCUCUGACCACAUAAGGAAGCACACUGGAGUGAGGCCUUAUGAAUGUAAGGAAUGUGGGAAAGCCUUUAGCUCUUCCUCACAUCUUACUACACAUAAAAGAAUUCACAGUGGAGAGAGACCUUAUCAAUGUAAGGAAUGUGGGAGAACCUUUAGUGAUUCUUCCUCACUCACUGCUCACAUAAGAACUCACAGUGGAGAAAGGCCUUAUGAAUGUAAAGAAUGUGGGAAAGCCUUUAGUCGUUCUUCAUCCCUCACUGAACACAUGAGAACUCACAGUGGAGUUAGGCCUUAUGUAUGCAAGGAAUGUGGGAAAGCUUUUAGUCAAUCCUCCCACCUCGCUAUACAUAUAAGGACUCAUAGUGCAGAGAGGUCAUAUCAAUGUAAAGAAUGUGGGAAAGGCUUUAGGCAGUCUUCAAACCUUACUACACAUAUAAGAAUUCACAGUGGAGAGAGACCUUAUGUGUGUAAAGAAUGUGGGAAAGCCUUCAGUCAGUCCUCAGCCCUCACUAAACAUAAGAGAACUCACAGUGGAGAACGGCCUUAUGAAAGUAAGAAACGUGGUAAAGCCUUUAUUUCACAUCUCACUUCACAUAUAAGAACUCACAAUGGAGAAAGGCCUUAUGAAUGUAAAGAAUGUGGGAAAGCCUUUAGUCGUUCUUCAUCCCUCACUGAACACAUGAGAAUUCACAGUGGAGUUAAGCCUUAUGUGUGCAAGGAAUGUGGGAAAGCCUUUAGUCAAUCCUCACACCUCACUAUACAUAUAAGGACUCACAGUGCAGAGAAGUCAUAUCAAUGUAAAGAAUGUGGGAAAGGCUUUAGGCAGUCUUCAAACCUUACUACUCAUAUAAGAAUUCACAGUGGAGAGAGACCUUAUGUGUGUAAAGAAUGUGGGAAAGCCUUCAGUCAGUCCUCAGCCCUCACUAAACAUAUGAUAACUCACAGUGGAGAACGGCCUUAUCAAAGUAAGAAAUGUGGUAAAGCCUUUAUUUCACACCUCACUUCACAUAGAAGAACUCACAAUGGAGAAAGAGGGCUUGUUAAUGUAAUAAAUGUGAGAAAUCAUUUGGUCAGUUCUCCAUCCUUGUUGAAUAUCAGUAACCUUACAGUGGGGAUGAACCUCUUAAAUGUAACAAAUGCAGGAAAUGCCACACUGUUGUUCAUACCGAUUGCGUCAAAAACUCAAAUGUGAAAAGAAUAUCAGGAAUCAUCAAAUGUGGGAAAGUCUUCAGUGUUUCUUAUUCAUUGAAAUAUAUCUGAGUGGGUAUACUGGUGGUAAACAAUACACAGCUAAGUAUUAUUGGAUAACUUUUAUUCCUUUUUUUUUUGAAAACUGGAAAGAAGAUACAUGUCAAAUUAACCAUGAUGGAUAGAAUGUGUGAAUUUUUGUUUGUUUCUCCAAAAUUAUUCAAAUAUUCAUACAUGGA